AUGGGGGCAGUGGGCGAGGUGGGUACCUUUUCCUUGCACGGCCUGGAUAGCUUCGGACACGGAUCGCAUUUUGUCCUGACGCCCGCGGGGGACACCACCGGACUGAUGAGCGAGCACCUGGUGUCCGCCGAGAGGUUGUCGCGGAGCACGCCGUCUGAUCUGACGCAUCUGAAGGGGAUUCUACGGAGGAGGCAGCUGUACUGCAGGACCGGUUUCCACCUCGAGAUCUUGCCCGAUGGCACAGUGCAAGGCACCAGGAAAGACCACAGCAGAUUUGGUAAGGCAUCAGAAAAUAUUUCGGCGCAACAAUGCAGUUAUUAUACAGUUAUGGCAGUAGUAUAAGGACUAUAAUUAUCAUUGUUAUUCUUAGUAUUAUGAAUAUGAUUAUAAAUAGACUAAUUCUAUUUAUAUUAUGAACAUUAUAUUGUUAUGAUUAUGAACACAUCUACCUAUUGCAUCCUGUCUAAUCUAUAAUGUGUGCAUGUGUUUUUGUACCAUAGUUACUAUUCCAGACACCACAUAAUACAUAAUGUUCGCACAUAUUGCAACACAACUCAUUUCCUCAAUGGAGAUUAGAUUGGCAGAAUUUCUUUACCUUUCCUGACUGACCUUCUUAUCAGCAAGAUAGCAAAUAAAACCUACCGAUAACAGCUUCCAUUAUAGACAUAAGAGUAUGAAUUCAGUAUUAAGCAUUUAAUGAUAUAUCCUUCAAUGACUGGCUGAACUCAUGACCUUAUGACUUGUGACAUUUCCUAACUCAUAAUAUCUGAUGUUAAUCUAAUGGUGUCCUGCUGGUUUGAUUUGCAGGUAUUUUGGAGUUCAUCAGCUUAGCUGUGGGGAUGGUGAGCAUCCGUGGGGUGGACAGUGGAUUAUACCUGGGCAUGAACAGCAAGGGAGACCUCUAUGGCUCUGUAAGUAUAUACAUUAGCAUAUAUAUAUAUAUAUAUAUAGCCUACAUGCUGCCUACAUAUACCCUUCAUAAUGCCUACAUAGACUGAUAUACUGUAGGCUACAUGUGAUAUGUCUUGUAUUCAGUGCUGCUUCUCCAUUCUCAUGGGCAUCUCUGUGUAGGAGGUGAUAACAGAGGUUACUAUUCAGCAUCAUCUGAAAGAGAGAAUUCCUCUGCCUCCUCUAUUGUCGUGUUAAUCAGGGAGCGUGAUAAGAUAUGACCAACCAGCAGGUGGCACACAUUUUGUUCUGUAAGGAAAUGUCUAUGUGCGUGUGAGCAUUGACACUGAGAUGACACUGCUCUGUUGUGUAAGAUUUCACUAAUCACCUCUCUCUCCUUCUCUCUCUCUCUCUCUCUCUCUCUCUCUCUAGGAGAAGCUGACAGCCGAGUGUGUCUUCCGGGAGCAGUUUGAGGAGAACUGGUACAACACGUACUCAUCCAACCUCUACAGACACGGUGACCGGGGAGCGCACUACUUCGUGGCACUCAACAAGGACGGCACGUCCAGGGACGGCACCCGCUCCCGGCGACACCAGCGCUUCACCCACUUCCUGCCCAGGCCCGUGGAUCCCGACCGGGUACCCGAACUCUACAAAGAGGUCCUGGGCCACAGCUGA